AUGAGCCAUGCGCUCUUCUGGACCUCAGAGGACGGCCAGAGCCUCACCUUGGUGGAGCUUCCCCGCGUGCAGCUGCGCUUUGCCCCGGGUCCUGACCCUGGCGGACGCGGCCUGAGGCUUUUCUCCAAGGAGUUCGGAGGUUUCUAUUUGCUGGAUCGCAACGGCGUCCACGAUGCGGAGGCCUGGCAGGCGGCCACAGGAGACCCACGGGCCUCCGAUCUCGCCUCCUACCUCGCGAAGAUGCCUCAUGCCGUGGUUCUUCGCAGCACGGCGGGGGCCAUCCGAAUCCUGGUGACCAAUGCAGACGUCGUCAGGCCGGCGAUCAAAGUGAAGCCAUUCUCCACCGACCUCGUGGUGAAUCGCAAGCUCCUCGUGGCCCUGGGCCUGAAGACCUUCCUUUGGGACUUUCACGAGUCUGGCUCGUUGCUGCUCACUUCAUCGCUGAGUGGCACGCUUUAUCUUACUCUGUUGACAUUGCUUCACCGCGACUACUCCUCUGCGGCACGACUGGUAGGUUCGAUCGGAUUCGAUGAAGGCAUUUCGGCCGAUGAAGAGCGGCUGCUGAUUUUCAACCUCAAGUCCACCGUGACAGACCGUCAUCCGAAUGCGUCGGCAAUUCGACUGAAGCUGCUACUCGCGCUGAUCGCACACAAUCCAAAGCACUUCCUGCUGAAGCCAGAAGAGGAGCUCAUUGCCGGGGACUACGGGGACUAUCUC